CACCAUUUCCCUCAAACAAGUGUGUUUCUGCAUUCCAGGUCUUUCCUUUCGCUUUCGCUUCUGCCUAAAGACAUAGCUGAAAGCUAGAAAAAUCGGGAGACGGCACAGAGGACGGGUGAACAUUCAGAAUGGCUGCUGUCAAGUCCCACUUAACCAAGCAGGAGGAAGUGCUGUUGCUGCGUCUCUUGGGAAGCAAGCACAUAAGCCUUCUCUACAAGGGCAGUGUUCAUGGUUUCAAUAUUAACACAUUCCAUUAUAUAUGCAACCUACAAGGCCCAACUGUGGUCGUGGCAUACAAUGCAAGUGGUUAUAUUUUUGGAGGUUUUACUGCUCAGAGUUACAGUUCCUCUGGGGCAUAUCUAAAUGAUGAGAAAGCUUUUCUGUUUCGAUUGAAGGGGAAAGAGAAUGGAUCCAGCCCAUUAAAAAUCCCAGUCAAAACUGCCCAACAAGCUGUAUAUGACAACAGUGAACAUGGUCCUUAUUUUGGAGCUGGCUCACUUGUAUUGUUGUCAGAAAAUAAAGCAGCUGUUGCCACCAAUCCAGAUGUUGCCUCCUACACUUUCCAAGCGGAAGACUUGCAUGGGAAUGACCUGGUUCUUACAGAAUGUGAAGUGUACCGAGUUGAAGAUGUCGGAGAUAUUAUGGAGAUGCCGUGGAGGAAGGUUGGAUGGACACCUGGGGAAAGAGAGAAACUGAUGGAUGAAAUAAGAAGUUACAAGCCUUACCUGAGUACUGUGCCAGAGUUUCGAGUUCUGAUUCUUGGGCCGAUUGGAGCUGGCAAGUCCAGCUUUUUCAACUCUGUGAAUUCUACAUUUCGGGGUUAUGUGACAAACCAAGCCAUAGCAGGAUCAGAUUCCACAAGUGUGACCAUGCAGUACAGGACCUAUCAAGUUAAAAAUGGAAGAGAUGGAAAGCCACUACCCAUUGUUUUCUGUGACACGAUGGGACUAGAAGAAAAACAAGGAGCUGGUCUGGAAAUUGAGGAAGUGCCCAACAUAUUAAAAGGACAUGUUCCUGAUAGGUAUCAGUUCAAUCCAUCCUCCAUUAUACACCCAAACGCGCCUGGCUACAUCAGAAAUCCAACUCUAAAGGACCAGAUUCAUUGUGUUGCAUUUGUUAUUGAUGGGUCCAAGGUUGAGAUCCUCCCUGAAAAUCUUGCAGCAAAACUGAGAGAAAUUCGACGAAAAGCAAAUCUACUUGGUGUGCCACAGCUAGUUUUAUUAACUAAAGUGGAUGAAAUUUGCAGUUGUCUUGAGAAUGAUAUUUCAUAUGUCUACAAAAGCAAACCUGUUGAGAAGCAGAUGCAGUUAACAGCAGAAAGACUUGGGAUCCCUCUGUCUCAGAUAGUUCCUGUUAAAAAUUACUCCUCAGAGCUGGACAUUAAGUUUGAGGUUGAUAUCCUUAUACUUGUGGCAGUGAGACAAAUGCUGCGCUUAGCUGAAAGCUUCCUUGACAAUGUCCCUUUUGACUACAGCUCUGAGCUGGAAUUGUACAAGUGACCAUAUUUCUGUUUUAGAUGUCUUCUAGUUGAUUCUGCUUGAAAACAUUGCACAACUAAUUUUAUAUAACUAUUUAGAGCACAUUUCAUUACAUUACAUUCAAAGUUAAUUGUAGUUUCUUACAAUGUGAGUCAUUAUUAAAUAUUGUUGUAUUGUUAAGGAUUUUUCUUCUUCUGUUUCUCCCAUGAAGAUAAGUGUUAUCAGCAUUUUUUUUGUUUUCCCCCCAAAGCUACAAUUUAUAAAAAUGAAAAACAAGUAUUAUUUUUGUUAGUCCUUUCAGUUUGAUACACUGAAGUAGGAAUGGCCUCAGGUUGUUGGAGGUAGCCUAGGGCAUAGAAGUAUAUUGUUCAACUUGAUUAGAGUCCUUAUUGGAUGGUAAGACUUUAUAACAAUGGGUGCCAUUGAAUGGUAACAAUUUAUGAAGUAAAAAGGACUUCUGAUGACAUACAUACAUAUAUGCAUUUUAUGUAACAUACUUGCAUGUGAUACAUCAGUUAAGUCUGGAUAUAUAGUUCCAGGGAGGAAUAAGCUCAUUCCGCACAUGCAGAAUAAUGCACUUUCAAACUGCUUUCAGUGCUCUUUGAAGCUGUGCGGAAUGACAAAAUCCACUUGCAAACAGUUGUGAGAGUGGUUUGAAAAUGCAUUAUUUGGCGUGUGCGGAGGGGCCAUAGUGUCAUCCCCUCCACUGUAUAUUGCAUAAUUGGCCCACCAUUCUUCCAAGACCCUUCCAUCUUUUCUUUAUCCUCAUAACAACUCUGCAAGUCCGUGAUUGGUCCAAAGCCACCCAGUGAACUUUCCAUUGCCAAACAAUGGCAAUCCCAUUGUCGUCAAUGCAUUACUCUAGUUGGGUAGGUGGAUGGAUUGAAUAUCUCUCAACCCAGGGACAUCUUCACUGAGCCACACAAUGUUUGUGUGACAACUGUUGCAUCCUUAUUUGGAGGUGACUUUGUUUUAACAAUGUUUUCCUAGGUAUGGUUUUAAGAGCAGGGUCUGAGAUAUCCCAUUCCAUCCCUCUUCUAAUGCCUGUCAGAACUGGAAUUAGUAUCCAUCUUUCUGAUCUUUACAGAUUGCAGCAAGUAUGUACACAAGAGCUUGCAAAUUUAUUUUACCUGUGAAUGUGAUCAGUACUGGGUUGGAGGAAAUCCAAUGUUUUGUAAGUUUAGAAGAGAAAAGGGUGGUUUCAGAAGUGUUAAAAACAAUAUGUGUGAAAUCUACAGAGAAUUUAUUGUAGAUAAAUUCUUCAUUUGAAAACAAGUUCUUUUUACAAGUAAAAUUGGUGAAAAAGUGGAAUUUUUCACUAAUAUAUUUUGCUUGCUUUAUUGCAGCAUGAAUAUGUUUUUAGCAAAAUCAGCAAUAUGUACCUUUUUCUGUGCCAUUUAUAUGAUUUUUGCUGCACUUAUUUGCAUCAAUAAAUGUUAUU